AUGUCAGGCUAUCAAAUAUCAAAAAUUAUUAUUUCGCGCAUAGCCGGCCGAUUGCUAUUGCCCAUAGCGGAACCGCUCAAGCCCGAACCGAACGAUGCCAAUGCCAUGGAUGAUGCUGACUCAGAGCUAACCAAAGAUCAACCCGAUGCGGAUAAUAUUAAAAUGUUCGUAGGCCAAAUACCCAAGACCUGGGAUGAGUCCAAGCUGCGACGCCUAUUCGAGCAGUUUGGACGUGUGCAUACCUUGAAUGUGCUACGCGAUAAGGUCACAUCGAUAAGCCGAGGGUGCUGUUUUGUUACCUACUAUACGCGCAAGGCAGCGCUGCGAGCGCAGGAUGCGCUGCAUAAUAUCAAAACAUUGGAUGGGAUGCAUCAUCCCAUACAAAUGAAGCCUGCGGAUAGUGAGAAUCGCAAUGGUAAGUGGCAACAAAAGCAAACGUAAAAUCCAAAUGCAUAGCAUAUAUACAGUUAUAUAUAUAUACUAAGCUAUAGUAUUAUGUGUAGUAUUGGUCAGCUUUUAGUCUCACUAGCUGCUGGUUUGUUGUUGAGCUUU